AUGGAGCCGGGCCCCGCUGGGCCCCCGGGCCGGGGACUGCGCCGCGGGCGGCGGCUGCUGCUGGCGGCGGGGCUGAGCUGCACCGCGCUGACCCUGUACACUUGCCUGCAGGAGCUGCCCCCGCUGGACGCGGGGCCCGGCCGGACGCGGCCCCCGCCGGAGGUGACCGUGCUGCUCUGGUGGGAGCCCUUCGGCCACCGCCGCCACAUGGCCGACUGCCAGCUGCGCUUCAACAUCAGCGGCUGCCGGCCCAGCACCAACCGCAGCCGCUACUGGGAGGCGCAGGCUGUGAUCUUCCACCACCGGGACUUGGUCCUCCACGGCCUGGGCCAGCUGCCCGCCGGCCCCCCGCAGCGCCCCCCGGCCCAGCGGUGGGUGUGGAUGAACUUUGAGUCCCCCUCGCACUCGCCUGGGCUAAGGGACCUGGCUGGCAUCUUCAACUGGACCAUGUCCUACCGGAUGGACUCGGACAUCUUCAUGCCCUAUGGGUACCUCCGUGCCAGGCAGGCAUCCCCACGCUUCAGCUUGCCCCACAAGACCAAGCUGGUGGCCUGGGUCAUCAGCAACUGGAACGAGGCGCAUGCCAGGGUGCGCUACUACCACCAGCUGAGGAAGUAUCUCCCCAUUGAUGUGUAUGGGGCACAAGGCCUGGCGCUGGAGGAGGGCAGCAUGGUCAGGACCAUCUCCCAGUACAAGUUCUACCUGGCCUUUGAAAACUCUCAGCACACCGACUACAUCACUGAGAAGCUGUGGCGGAAUGCCUUCAAAUCCAGCGCUGUGCCCAUCGUGCUGGGCCCUCCCAGGUCCAACUACGAGCUUUUUAUCCCACCCAACUCCUUCAUCCACAUCGAUGACUUCCCCAGCCCUAGGAAGUUAGCCAUCUACCUGAAAUUCCUCGACCAAAACAAACCCCUCUACAGACGGUACUUCGCCUGGAGGGACAAAUAUUAUGUUCAUAUGACUUCCUUCUGGGAUGAGCAAUAUUGCAAGGUUUGUGAGGCUGUUAGGACAGCUGGGGAUCAACUCAAGAUCAUACAAAAUUUGGCCAGCUGGUUUGAAAGCUAAUAGUGUUGGUUGGGGAGGUUUUCUUUGUUGGCUUUUCCUGAGGAUGCAGUACAGCCAAACCAAGGCUUAAAAAGCACUAGUUUUCAUGGGGUCAUGCACCUAGCCAAAAAACCCAGAAGAUUUCAGAAGUGUGUCUGAGCUGUCGCUUGAGAAGCAGGUUUAAAAAUGUGGGUGAACAGACCAUCAGACUGCUAUAUGUUUGUUAUGAACUUAGGCAAUUCCAUUUUUGGGCUAUGACAGACCCAGCACUUUCUCAAGAACUUGAUUAUCUGGUGAUCCAGAGCUGAAACCAUAAAUGCAGCAUGGUGUUAGAAUCAUAGAAUAUCAGGGUUGGAAGAGACCUCAGGAGAUCAUCUAGUCCAAUCCCCUGCUCAAAGCAGGACCAACACCAGCUAAAUCAUCCCAGCCAGGGCUUUGUCAAGCCUGACCUUAAAAACCUCUAAGGAUGGUGGUUCCACCAUCUCCCUAGGUAACCCAUUCCAGUGCUUCACCACCCUCCUAGUGAAAUAGUGUUUCCUAAUAUCCAACCUAGACCUCCCCCACUGCAACUUCAGACCAUUACUCCUUGUUCUGUCAUCUGCUACCACUGAGAACAGCCUAGAUCCAUGCUCUUUGGAACCCUCCUUCAGGGAAGGCUGCUAUCAAAUCCAAUUUCUGUCACUCAGCCAAUUUUGUCAGCUGUGACAGUUUCCAGGAUUGUGAGACUUCCUCAUACAGUUCUGACUGUAUUUUUAUUCCCUUCUGGUAAUAUAUUUCUGCUGAACAAAGGCAAAUGUAUUAACAGUGAUCAUUGGGAAAAUGAAAAUUCUUUUGCAUACAAAUUCUGAGCCUUGUGCCUUUAAUGUAAUAGUAUAACAAUACACAGGCAGUUAUUGACAAUGUUUUAAAUAGCUAUAACCAAAAAUAAAAAUGGAAAAAUCCUUUACUAGGCAUCUUAAAAGUCCCAGUGAGGAAGAAGUGUGUGGAAGGAUGUGGGUGUGAGUAGAACAAUAACCAGCUCUGAAGGGUAGCAAGUAUUUCCUCCACUGCUUGGUGGGUAUCCUAAUGUGCAGCAAAGCAUGGGAUGGACUAAGUCUAAGUAAAAACAACAAGGAGUCCGGUAGCACCUUAAAGACUAACAUAUUUAUUUGGGCAUAAGCUUUCAUGGGUAAAAAACCCACUUCUUCAGAUGCAUGAAGUGAAAAUUACAGCUACAGGCAUAAAUAUAUAGGCACAUGAAGAGAAGGGAGUUACCUUACAAGUAGAGAACUAGUGCUGACAAGGCCAAUUCAGUCAGGAUGGAUGUGGUCCACUCCCAAUAACCGAUGAGGAGGUGUCAAUACCAAGAGAGGGAAAAUUACUUUUGUAGUGAGCCAGCCACUCCCAGUCCCUGUUCAAGCCCAAAUUAAUGGUGUUAAGUUUGCAAAUGAAUUGUUGCUCUGCAGUUUCUCUUUGAAGUUUUAAACCCAUCUUUCUGUGGCCUGCCUUCAGUAGACGCCUGAGUCUGUUUAAAGGCAUCAGCUAAAAAAACCAUCUCAUCCACAGUCUUUACAUCUUUGUCCCAUAGACACUGCUUUACAUAUGCUUAGGAAAUACUUGUGAGCAACAAGAUCUAGCAUUCCUUCAAAACUUGCCACCUCUUUACCCCUCACCCAUUUUCCCAACAAAACUUUAAUUUUGUUUACAUAUUCCCCAUUACUCAUAUCAAUAUCCCUCUUAAGAUUCCUAAAUUUAACUCUAUAUGUUUCAGGGGUAAUCUGAAAUCUUCGCAAUACAGUAUAUUUAAAUUUACAAUUGUCUAAAGCGUCUUCAACAGGCAUUCCAUUGAAUACAUUUCGAGCUUUACCAGUUAAUUUCACAAUUCGGGUGGGAACUGUCUUACCAGGAAUUUCAUGCAUUACACAAAGUCUUUCAAAGGAAGUCAGAUAUUCAGCAAUAUCAUUGUCCUCAUUGUACGCAGGACAUAAGUGUUCUCAUUUGUGGAUUUUUGGAGUGAUGGGAAUUGUUGGGGGUUCUGGUUCUGCUUCUCUAGCAAGUACGGUUGGUGAUUUCGCUCUCUUUUUCUCUCUCUCUCUUUUUUUCUUCCAUGGCCCUUCUGGGUGCAGCCUCCUCCCUGGCUGACCCUGCCUCCAUAGCCCUUCUGUGUGCAGUCUCCUCUCUGGCUGCCUCUGCCUCCGUAGUUUUCCUCGUUGCAGCUGUUUCUUUGAGCCUCAUUUCUGCCUGCCACAUUUGAAACAAACGGUCCUUUGCCUUCUCUUCCGCUUCCAGUCUGGCAAGCUCUAGUUUUGUAGUUGCCUCAUUGGUAGUCAUUUUUCUGCUUCUCUGUUCCUACUUUCCUUUCCCGAAAUAAGCAAACAGAAAAUAACAAAACUGUGACCUCCUCGUGACUGUUCUUAACCAGGCGGGGGAAGGAUAGCUCAGUGGUUUGAGCAUUGGCCUGCUAAACCCAGGGUUGUGCGUUCAGUCCUUGAGGGGGCCACUUAAGUAUCUGGGGUAAAAAUCAGUACUUGGUCCUGCUAGAGAAGGCAGGGGGCUGGACUCAAUGACCCUUUGGGGUCCCUUCCAGCUCUAUGAGAUCGGUAUAUCUCAAUUUAUAAUAUAAUAACCACUGCACUUAAGACUCACUUAAAAUCACAAAUAUCAGUGCUUAAAGCGUGAACUCCAGCUGGAGUAACAAGCUGCACAUACACCCUGCUUACUGCACCACUGUGACUUUCCCCCGGACCAGUGAUCUGCUAGGUCAUGACAGUCCUUGACUCUGGGAGCCAGCCUUACCCUGCUCUGCUGUGAGAACCCCCUCUCCUGGGCUGUUCAUGCACAGCUUCUAGCAUAUAAGCUGCUACUUGCAAGUGAAUGACACUAUCCAAUAUCUCUGGUCCCAGACACAA